CCAGAGUUAACCUACGAAGAUCGGUCUCAUCUUCUUCUUCCUCCGACUCUGAUUAUUUUAACAUAUUGAGAUGGAAUAAGCAAAUCCAAUUUUGUUCGAUAUCUGUGUUGAAGCUCAAGGCUAAGCGAUCUUGGAACUGAGGAAAGUAACUUGCGAUGUAUACAAGAAUAUUAAGGAGAAAGCAGAGAUGGGGUUUUGUAUUGCACCAAGACAAAUGCUUAGCGAGGCCAGUGAUUCGUGACCACCACACCUCUGAUAGAUCCACCACAAGUAUACUAACCAAUCAUUUGACAAGAAACUAUCAUUCUCAUUCUCCUGGUGCCAUUGUUUCCUCUAGAGACUAUUCUUGGAACAGCCAACUGCGUCGGUUUUGUUCUGAAGGUGAUGGAAGGAAUGCUAGUGAGGAUAGCCGUUUCCCUUCGAGUAAAGAAAAGACAGGGAAUGAGAAAAAUGUGUUUGGUGCUGAGCCUUUUGAUUCUCACGCUCAGCUUGGAGAACAAGACCAAAUUGAUUGGCUCAACAAUGAGAAGCUUGCUAGUGAAAGCAAAAAGGAGUCACCUUUCCUUAAUAAACGAGAACGAUUGAAGAAUGACUUCUUGCGGAGGAUUCAACCUUGGGAUACUAUACAGCUCUCUUGGGAGUCUUUCCCUUACUACGUCCAUGAACACACAAAAGAUACUCUGGUGGAAUGUGUGAGCUCACAUAUUAAACAAAAGCAUAUGGCGUCCAGGUAUGGUGCUCGUUUAGGUUCUUCAAGUGGGAGAAUAUUGCUCCAGAGUGUUCCAGGCACUGAGCUCUACCGGGAGAGGUUAGUACGCGCACUUGCCCGAGAUACACAAGUUCCCCUGUUGGUUCUUGACAGCAGCGUUCUUGCACCUUACGAUUCUGCUGAUGACUACAAUGAAGAGUCUGAAUCAGAUGAUGACAUUGCAGAAUCAGAUCAGUGCACUUCAGAGUCAGAAGCUGAGGAAGAAACCGAUGCAAACAAUGAUGAGACGAGUAGCAAUGAAGCGAAGGUAGAAGGAACUGACGAUGAAGAAAGAUAUUUGGAGAUUUCUAAGGAAGUCCUCAAGAAACUUGGAGCUGACAUAAAGGAUAUCGAGAAGAGAAUGUCAGAACAACUAUAUGGCUCUAGUGAGGUGUCAGAAGCUGCAGUUGAUCAUUAUGAUAAAGCCAAGCGGCCUCUUAAGAAAGGAGACCAAGUAAAGUAUGUUGGGUCUCCUAAGAAGGACGAAGCAAAGCAUAGGGUCGUAUUGGGGAGGAUUUUUACAUCCGAUGGUCAAAAGAGUGCCUUUACCGUUAUUCCUGGCAGGCCAUUAUCUAGUGGACAGCGUGGAGAGGUAUAUGAGGUGAGUGGGAACCGUGUUGCUGUCAUAUUUGAUUGUGGUGAUGAUAAAACUACAGAGGGAAGUGAGAAAAAGCCAGCAGAGCAGCCCCAGAUGUUACCUAUCCACUGGGUUGAUGUGAAAGACCUCAAGUACGAUUUGGAUAUGCAGGCAGUAGAUGGCUACAUUGCUAUGGAUGCUUUAAAUGAGGUUUUGCGAUCCAUCCAACCACUAAUAGUCUAUUUUCCAGACACUUCGCAGUGGUUGUCUAGAGCUGUGCCUAAAACGAGACGAAAAGAAUUUGUAGACAAAGUUCAGGAAAUGUUUAAUAAACUAUCAGGUCCGAUUGUUAUGAUAUGUGGGCAGAACAAGAUAGAAACAGGCUCAAAAGAAAGAGAGAAACUUACGAUGGUACUCCCAAACUUUAGCCGACUUGCUAAGCUGCCUCUUCCCUUGAAGUGCCUAACAGAGGGAUUAACGGGAAGGAAAAAAUCAGAGGAGAAUGAGAUAUAUAAGCUUUUCACUAAUGUUAUGCACCUACAUCCGAGGAAGAUACCCUCAGACUAUUCAACAAACAACUAGGAGAAGAUAGGAGAAUUGUGAUAUCGCGGAGCAAUAUAAAUGAGUUACUAAAGGCACUUGAAGAACAUGAGUUAUUAUGCACAGACUUAUAUCAAGUGAACACCGAUGGGGUGAUAUUGACAAAGCAAAAAGCAGAAAAAGUUCUUGGCUGGGCCAAAAACCACUAUUUAGCUUCUUGUCCUGACCCAUUGGUAAAAGGAGGUCGCUUAUCUCUGCCUCGUGAAAGCCUUGAAAUAUCAAUUGGGAGGUUAAGAAAAUUAGAAGAUAAUUCCCUAAAGCCCUCACAAAACUUGAAGAAUCUUGCUAAGGAUGAGUAUGAAAGAAAUUUUGUCUCGGCUGUGGUUGCUCCUGGAGAAAUAGGCGUCACAUUUGAAGAUAUUGGGGCGCUCGAAAACGUGAAAAAGGCAUUAAAUGAGCUGGUUAUUCUCCCCAUGAGAAGGCCAGAGCUUUUCUCCCGUGGAAAUCUCUUGCGGCCCUGUAAAGGAAUACUGCUUUUCGGUCCUCCUGGAACGGGUAAGACGCUCCUCGCCAAGGCACUUGCAACAGAAGCUGGAGCAAACUUCAUUAGCAUUACGGGCUCAACACUUACAUCAAAGAAGCAGAAAAAGUUCUUGGCUGGGCCAAAAACCACUAUUUAG